AUGGUGCGCCAGCUCAAAUACCACGAGAAGAAGCUCCUGCGCAAGGUCGACUUUCUCGAAUGGCGCGGCGAGAACAACGUCCGCGAGAUCGAGGUGAUGCGGCGGUACAACCUGACAAAGCGCGAGGAAUACUACAAGUACCAAAAGAUUGUGAUGCAGACAAAGAAGCUGGCCCACAGAAUCGCGCUGCUGGACCCCAAGGAUCCGAAGCGCGCUGAGAGCGAGACCGGCACUGCUGGAGAAGCUACCAUGUCGCAGGUGGACAAGCUGACGGUGUCUGCUUUCUGCCGCCGGCGUCUGCCCGUUGUGCUGUGCAGGCUGAAGAUGGCUGAGCACAUCUCUGAGGCUGCGCGGCUGAUUGAGCAGGGGCAUGUGCGUGUUGGCCCCGACACGGUUACCGACCCCGCGUUCCUGGUCACUCGCAACAUGGAGGACUUUAUCACCUGGGUUGACACGUCGAAGAUCAAGCGCAAGAUCCUGAAGUACAACGACAAGCUGGACGACUACGAUCUGUUGUAG